UUCUGCAAUGUAAAAUCAACACAUUUUCAAUAUACAUUCAAGCGAUGGAUGAAGACUCGACCAUUGCCGUAGUUGGCAUUGGUUGCAUGUUUCCAGGAGCUGACAACAUUGACGAGUUCUGGAGAGUUCUUGUGAAUGGAGAAGACCAUGUUCAGGAUAUUCCCCCAGAAAGGUUCAACACUGCUGCGUUCUAUGAUGCUGAUCCCGAUAACCCUCGCAAGACCUACGUCAGAAAGGCUGGACUCAUUAAAAGAUUCGACGAAUGGGAUAACAAGUUCUUUGGAAUUAGUGAUAGGGAGGCUGAACACGUGGAUCCACAACAGCACUUUAUUUUAGAAACUGUUCAUAUGGCCCUUGAAGACAGUGGGAUAACAAGAGAGAAACUUAGUGGCUCUGAAACCGGAGUUUAUAUAGGUGCAAUGAAUCAUGACUGGGAUUGCAUGGUACGCUCAGCAAAACUUAACAGUUCAAAUACAACAGUCACAGGUACUGCCAGUAGUAUUCUAUCAGCAAGAGUGGCUUACUACUACAAUUUACUUGGACCAGCAAUGACCAUAGAAACAGCAUGCUCCUCCUCCAUGGUUGCUAUACAUACGGCAUCACAGGCGUUAAGGAAUGGUGAAAUUUCAUUAGCAAUCUCUGGAGGUGUGAGUUUUAUCCUUGGCCCAGAAACUUUCAUAACCUUAUCAUCAGCAAGAAUGGCCUCACCAACUGGAAAGUGUCAUGCGUUUUCAAAGGAUGCAGAUGGAUAUGCCCGCGGGGAAGGAUGUGGGAUUGUAAUACUGAAAAGACUUGUAGAUGCAAUCCGCGAUAAGAACAAGAUAUGGGGUACGGUUUUUACAUGGCUUAACCAAGAUGGUCACUUGAGUUCUCCGAUUACUUCCCCAUCUGGUGAACAACAAGAGAAGUUAAUGGAAACCAUUUUUCGAAAAAGUAAAAUUCCACCCACCUCUGUACAGUACAUAGAAGCCCAUGGUACUGGAACAUCCGUCGGCGAUUUCACGGAAGUGAGUGCAUUGGGAUCUUUCUUUUCCAAAUAUGCCCAUCAAGACAUACCGAUAGGCUCAGUCAAAACAAAUAUUGGUCACUUGGAGUCGGGUGCAGGUGCAGCUGCAUUAAUUAAAGUUCUUUUGAUGAUGAAACAUGAACUCUUGGUGCCAUCAAUUCAUGCUGAGUCGUUGAAUCCUAAAAUUCCGUUUCGUGAAUGCAAACUAAAAGUAUGUCAAUCGGUUGAAAAAUGGUUCAAAAACAAAACGGGGAAUAGAAUAGCUUCUGUUAAUUGCUUUGGAUUCGGAGGAACAAAUUCUCAUGCAAUAAUAACAGAUUUUCAGAAAAAUGAAAAUAUGAUUAUCCACAGAAUGAAUACGAGUCUAAGCUUGAAAAGCUAUGUCAUUUUAUCUGCUGAGGAUUUAAUUGCAUUGUACAAUUUAGCUAAACAUCUACUAGAUUCGCUGCAUAAAGACGUUGAUCUUAGAGAUCUUUCAAGUACAACGACACAUUUCAGAAAUCAUUAUAGAUAUCGCAAAGUUUUUGUCGUAGAAGAAAUGUCAGAAUUAACCAAUGAAAUUGAAAGCUUCGUAAGUGAAGAAUUGCCAGUGAAAGUGGUUUGGAAAGAAAAACCAAAAAUCAUAUUUGUGUACUGUGGAGUCGGCACAACUUGGAGAAAAAUGUGCAAAGAAUUUAUUACCUAUGAUCAGAUCUUCAGGAAAACAACACAAGAGAUUGACGAUUACCUGUCUUCUUUGACUACUGUGUCGAUAGAAUCAAUCUUUGAAAACGAAGAGGACAUUUUAGACCCUUUGAAAAAUCAUCUUGCAAUAUUUGCUUGUCAAGUAGCCCUUACCCACCUUUGGGAAUAUGCUGGAAUUUGCCCUGAUACUAUUGUAGGUCAGUCGGUCGGCGAAGUGGCAGCAGCAUAUGCAUGUGGAACACUGUCUCUAAAAGAUGCAGUUAGAGUGAUUUAUUUUCGCUCUCUUAAUUUGGCGAACGAAAGUGUCGGCAAAAUGAUAGUGGUACAGAACUGUCCAAUUGAAGUCAUUGAAGAAAAAUGCAGUAAUCUCAAAUACGGAAAAGCUAACAUAGCUGUUUAUCACAGUUAUCUUUCCUGUGCAGUAUCUGGUGACAUUGCAGCUAUUGACGAGUUGAAAAUGGAACUUGCUUCUCAUCAGGCGAAAAUCAUUCCUUUGAACGUUAAAUGUGCAUAUCAUAGCCAUUUAAUUAAAGAUGCCAGUUUGAAAUUAGAGGAAAUAUUAUCUGAACUUGAAUGGAAGUGCCCAAAGACGACCGUCAUAUCAACAGUUUCAGGAAGAUUGGCAGACGAUACGUUCGGAUCUCCAUCCUACUGGUCUGCAAAUGUAUUUAAACCAGUUCUCUUUCGUCAUGCAAUAGAGGAAGCGAAAAGGAGAAACCCAAAUGCUUUUUUUCUUGAAAUAGGACCAAAUCCGGUUUUGCGAGCACAUUUAUCAAACAUAUUUCCUGACUCUAUUGAGGAAGCCCUUCCCUCUAUGAAAAGAAACUGCGAAAUUGAAAUUUUUCGAAAAUCGUUCAUUGAUAUAUUUGGAAAAGGCAUUCCUCUUCGGUGGGAUAAUAUUGUCCCAUGUCGGAACAAUAUUCUUCCAAUCCCAAAGUAUCAAUUCAGUAAACGGAAACACCUGGUGAAAUCUGAGAAAAUUCGAAGUUUGCUCAAUGGAGAACAAAGCAAUAGAAAUAUCAUGCUGAUAACACAGGUCCCUGGACGUGCAGCGCAGUUUGAUAUUGUAAUAAGUCAAGAAAACACACCCUUUGUCCACGAACAUGUUGUAGACGGGAGUACAGUAGUUCCUGGUGCCCUUUAUGGGGAAAUUGGUUUGGAAAUUGGGAAUUAUCUCGGAGCAAGAAGUGGAAUUACAGAAGUGUGUGUUUCGUGGUCUAUCCAUAGGGCGUUCAUAGUCAAAGACAGCGAACAAAACAUUGUAGUAAAGACAAGGCAGGAUAAUCAACACGUCAUUCACUUUGAUGCAUAUUCUUCGGGAAGUCAAACAUUAUUGUCAUCAGGAAGAAUAACAGAAGUUGACUUACCAAGAAUUCCCGUCUUAAAUGUCCAAAGAUUCCUCUCAUUGCUCAACACAGAAAAGGAAUCUCGCAUUGUAUACAAGAUGCUGCAAAGUUUAGGAUUUCAACAUGGUCCAGUAUAUCAAACGAUAAAGAAAUGUGUGAUUAGGGACAGAGAAACUGUCUGUGAAAUUUAUCUCUCCGAUGAAGUCAUGAAAGAAAUUCCCAGAACCUGUCUACACCCUGUCAUUCUAGACACCAUGUUUCAGUCAUGCUUUGGGAUUAAAGCUGUGAAUGGAAAUUGUCAAAAAACAAGAAUUUUGCCGGUUAAAGUCUUGAAUUUGAUACAGAGGCAGCGGCCAUUGCAGCAUAUGAUUUGCUACACAACCCUUGUGUAUGACAACGCAAAUAAUGCAUGCUUCAACAUUCUCCUGAUACAAAUGAAUGGCACUGUUGUUGCUGAAAUGUACAAUUUUGAGAUAGAAAAGGUUAAUUCACCUGAUGAUAUACAUGCUUUAUCGUAUUAUGAAACUUGGAAACCAAUCGAUUUGACUGCUCUGAAACCUGCAGAAAUGACGACCUUUGUUCUGUCGUGGAACACAGACUACCUUUCCUGUAUAGAACAGUCAUUUCGCCAAACCCGAAAAAGUGUCAAAGUUUGCUCCUUCCAUCUAACAAAAACUUUUGACAAUGAAUUAUUGUCAACUCUUCAUGAAAUUGCAGAAACACCGAAUAUUUCUGUCAUUUUUGCCCCGGGGCUUCCAGGAAUAGAUGAAACUACAACUGGGCAACGCCUAAUGGAUUCCAUGAGAAAAACAACCUAUGUUUUUUUACAACUUUUGAAAUCAAUUUUCAAGGAGAAGUGGGACAUAUUGGUCGUUACAAACGAGACACAACCCUGUGUAUCAAAGACAACACGAGUAGUUGGAGCAGAAUUAUGGGGCAUGGUUCGAUCUGUGUCGCAAGAGGGAACAGAACUCUCUUUUACAUUACUAGACAUAGACAGUCUAAGUGAAUUUGCACUGGAAAAUAUCAUGAAAAUAUGUUCCGAAAUGCAUGGAACUGCGACAAGUAGGCAAGUUCCGUGUGAAUAUGCCAUUAGACGAAAUACUAUAUAUGCUAAUGAACUUUUAAAGAUGCCUGAAAAUUUUCACACAUGUUUAUACAAACAAAGUUUUCAGAAAGUGCAACAACCAGUUUACAUUCGACAUGAACUUGAUGGAAGUGCACCAUCUUUCCUUGCCAUUCCUUGUCCAGCAGUAUCCAUUACUCCAAAUUCUAAUUCCAUUUGUGUAAUACCAGCCCAUGCACUUCCAUGCACAGCAGGCACCUUUUUCUUUCCCAAUAAUGACUCUGUUGAACUGCAUUGUUCAGAUACCAAAGUCACUGGAAAAGAAAUAACAAUAUGUGAACUCAUUGGCACCGCUAAACUUGGAAGUAAAGACACCGAAGUAGUCGCAUGCUGUCAGAUGGAACUGAAGACAAAAAUGGAAAUUGACAAAAAUUGUGUCCUUGCUAAAUCGGGUCUCGACGGCUAUAAAGUUGGACAUCUACAUGCCAUAAUUAUUGCAUUGACCAUAGCUGAUCGUAUAGAAAAGAAAUCGAACGUGUUUGUAGCUUUCAAUCAGAAAGAUUUGGCAAUUUUCAAUUUCCUUUUUCACCUGCUUAAGGAUAAGAAAUGCAAUGUAUCCUACCUGAAGAAUCCCUGGAGCAAGAACACGCAAAACACAAGUGCAACUGAACUAGUGUUGUUAUCGGGUUAUGGAUACGAAGACAAGGACACUUUUCGACUAUUAUUUCCAAAUGCACAGCAAUGUAUCUCUUUAAGAGGUACUCUGCCAUCAGUGUUGAUGGCUGAAGAUCGUUCAAUCACGUUUCGUCUUAUAGACGUCUCUGAUUUAUUUAAACCCAAACAAUUACGCGGUGUAUCCCAAAGAGCAUUCCGAAUUCUAAUGUCUGUUUUGAAAAAGACAAAAGGACAAGACGUUCCCGUACAUGAAAGGCCAUUGCAGAUCAAAGAAAUUUUAAGAAAUGUCGAGAUGAGGACAACACAGGAAUGUCUUAUUAGAAGCGACAGUGCCUACGUUGUUGUAGGGGGGUUAACAGGUUUAGGGUGGCUCAUUGUCAAAUACCUUUCUAAAAGAAACGCUAAGAAAAUAGUAUCACUAUCAAGGCGCCCUCUAACACGUGAUGCGGAAAAGAGAAUUUAUAAUAUCAAGAAUCUGUAUGGAGUUGAAGUCAUUCACAAAGCUGUUGAUAUCACAAAUCUAAACGAUCUCACAAAAGUCAUCCGCUCACUUCAGCAAGAGAUACCAGAUUUUCCCAUCCGUGGUGUUUUCCAAGGCGCCGCUGUAAUUAAUGACAGCACAGUACCGAAAAUGGCACAGGAAAAAUUUGAUUUGCCGCUUACUGUAAAGGUACUUGGUACGUGGAAUCUCCAUGUUGUUACCAAACAUAUGGACCUUGACAUAUUUACCAUGCAUUCUAGUAUUGCAUCUGUGUUUGGAAACUACUCGCAAACAAAUUACGCAGCAGGAAAUGCAUUUCAAGACAGCUUUGCAUACUACAGAAGAUCUUUAGGACUCCCUGCACAGGUAAUUAACUGGGGUGCCUUGGAUAUCGGAAUGGGAUCGGACCCCACAUUGAAAGACAUCUUUUUUCACAAAGGUAUAAACUUGAUAUCCGCUGAUCAAAUAUGUCGUGCCCUUACACAAAUGUUUCUGUCAGACCAAACUCAGGGAAUAUUUGUAGAUUUUGAUAUCAAGAGGUUUUUAACUGCAAAUAACUUGAAAUGGUCAAAAUCAAAAUACAAGGGUAUCAUUCCUGUUGAAACCGAAUCGCUCCAAAAGUCAGUGUCUGUAGACGAAAAGACCUAUGAAUCCGGAGACAUGUUAAAUCUUGUAAAAGAAACUUCAGCACAAGUUUUGAUGAUUGACGCAUCUGAAAUAGAAGAUAGUCAUACAUUAGACCACUUUGGACUAGAUUCGCAAAAUGCUAUUGAGAUCAUAAAUGCCAUAUUUUCAAUCACAAAAGUGAAGAUCCCCAUUCUGUUGCUGUUAUCUGGUGAUUAUAGCGUUCAGGAACUGGCAGGGUUUCUAUCUGAUAAAAUAUCCACAGUCAACUCAAAGGAAUUGUUGGAUGAUGGCCAAGAUAAUUCAAAGAGUUUAUCACCGAUUACAAGACACAUGGCAAACGUCCAACAACAUAAAUCUUGUCUUGGAUUCUCAUUUUCAAUAUCCCCCAACAUGAGGAAACCAGAAAUAUGGAGAGUAGCAAUGCAAUUUAUGAUAAGAAUAAAUUCGACACUGCGUGGUGCAGUAGAUAUACCUGGUCAUGCGAAUUUAUCUACCAGCUAUGUAGACGUUGAGGAUUUCAUUCUUCCAUUCGAGCAUGCUAAAACGAAAGAAGCAUUCAAAAUGAAGAUCAUAGACAAAGAUGUUCCGGUAUCUGUUGUAUAUCAAGAUCUAGGCAACAAAGCCAUUCUUCAUAUAUUUUGCAAUCGAACGCACUGUGAUGUAUUUUGUGGAAGAAUUGUUCAAAAAGACUUACAAAAUAUCUCGGCAUAUGUCGUUGCAGGAAUGCCAGUUCCUGCGUGGCUUGAUAAAGUAAACAUGGACUUUUUUUCGUUGUAUACUAAAUCAGUCCAUGCUGUUGCAGAUAAAUCCAAAGAUUACUGGAAGAAACGACUUCGUUUGUGUAAAACCUCAGCAACUUUGAAAAGCAUUGCUCCUCUGCUGGAUUCCAAUGAUGACAUAACUAAAAUAUCUCUCCCACUCGCUGAUGUUCGUAUAUUGCAGAAUCUUGCAUUGGAUAAUGAAUGGACGAUGAGCACUAUUGUAUGUAGUGCAUUUCAAAUCGCUUUGCAUAAAAUGACUAAUGCAGAAAGAGUACCACUAUUGAUGGAAGUUGACUUGCGUUUACAUAUUCAGGAAUGCCAGGAGGAAAUUUCACCUUGUACCAACUUCAUCCCAAUGGUAUCGCCAAACUUUCUACGACCUGAUGCAACGAUUAAAGAUGUUAUAGAUGAAAACAAAAAUAUUCUAGAAGAGACCAAUUCACAUAGUCUUUAUUCAAUUGCUGACAUAAUGGAGCUUCAAGAAUUCGACACCAAAUUGCACAAAACGCACGCCUUCCUGUUUCAAACAAUGGACAAUGUUGAUCAUCAGUACAUUAAUCUAAUUUCAACUCAGACUGAAAGAGAUCCAAGUUUUGAAACAAUGUUCCAUGUACAACAUUACGAAACACAAAAAUCUAUGUCGAUAGAGUUCCAUUUCUGCCCUCAGCGCGUUUCAACAUAUACUGCGUCCAUAUUGACAGAUUGUAUUUGGGAAUUGAUGCAGACUAUUCCUAUGAACUUAACGAAAAUGUUGAACCAGCUGCAGCUUGAGGCUACAUUACAGAAAAGCAUGAGCCCAUCCCCAAAAGGACAUUUUCUUCUGGUCAAACACAACGGCAAAAGAAAACCUGUUGUUGUGGCGUUUCAACGUGGAUUCCCUCCAGUUAUUUCAUGGGGCACAGAACCAGGCAAACAGAGAAAACUGACAGAAAUAAAAGAUGUUCACAUGUCGCAAGUCAAUGGUCAUUUUGGAUUACGAUUGCAAUGCUUAAGAGAGGAGAAUGUAGUUUUUGAAACUUCGGAUGUGAAAGUGUGUAAGGCAUGGUUGUCUUUCUUGAAAAAUCACCUCCGUUUUAAUGGAUUACCUGAAAAACACGAAGUUGAAGAAAACUCAAACUAUAUUCAAGCAGACGAACUGGAUAUUGAGGAUACACAUUUAUAAAUUGUCCGUUUUCUGAACCCGUACCACCAUUGUGACAAAACAUCAACAAACAUUUUUGUUUGGGAAAAUGACCAACCGCUUCUCAGACAGGACUACGGACACAAAAAAAGAAUUGCACUAUUUGUCUGUUUGUUUAUCAUUUUUUGUUGUUGUUUAUUUUGCUUAUUAAGAAUCAAAUUCUUUUUCCUAAAUGAGUCCUUGAAAUAUACAGUAAAACACAUUUAUAACGAACACGCUCAUAACAAAUUCACGCUUAUUACAAAGUUAUAUCUAUUCUCCUCUGAGAG